GAAACAGUAUUAUUUAUCAAUUAUACUAUAAAAUACAUUUAAUAAUAUAAAACUAGUUUAUUUUAUUAUUGUUAUCAUUUAUCAUAAUGAAUAGUAAUUCGUCAAUACGAUCUAAUACAUUGAAGCAUUCAUUAUGUAAUAAUCUUUAUUCAUCAUUUGUAACAAGUACAUCAGAUUUAACAACAACAAUGAUGAUGAUGUUGAAUCGAAAAAAGGGAACAAAUUCAGCAACAACAACAAUAACGACGUCAACAACAACGACAACUGCAAUGACGAUGACAACAACAAACCAAAAAAACAACUUAUCAAUGAUAAUAGAACACAAACCAAUAUUUAAUCAUUAUCAGACUACUACUAAUAUUUUAUCGAUUAAUAAUAAUAAUAAUAAUAUAACUGAAAAUCAGUUGAAUCUUUAUAAAAAACAAUAUUCUCGUGAAUAUCAACGUUAUAAACGUGCAUCAUUACAAUAUCGUUAUGCGCAUGCAGCACGUGAACGUCAACGUGUAGCGGAAUUUAAUAAAGUAUUUAAAAAAUUACAUAGUUUAUUACCAAUUCAUAAUUAUUUAUCAUCAAAUCGACGUUUAUCAAAAUUGCAAAUACUUAAAUUAUGCUCUUCAUAUAUUUAUUAUUUGACUUGUUUACUUCAAAAUAAUAAUAAUAAUAAUAAUAAUAAUAAUAAUAAUAAUAAUAAUUGUCAUUAUUCGACAUUCAAUGUUCAAUAUUGAAAUGAAUGAUUUGUAUUAGAUGCAUUAUUGAAUAUAUAUGAAUAUUUAAUUUUAGUUUUUUCUGUCUUUUGAAAUACUUCAUUGAAUAAAUUCUCUUCAGUCCGAUCUUUGCAACCUUCUGAUGUCAGGCCUUCCACAUCCGACUGGUGUUACAUAUUGCUUACGUCGACAGACAUAAGUAGCAUACACCACAAUUCUAUGGGUUACAGGAAAACUGGACAGUAAUUCAAAAAUAGCCUUCUUAUGUGCUGUCAAUAAAGUGAUUUACAUGAAUAAACAGGUCAGGUGAUAUUAUCAAAAGUCGUAUAUCUUUCAUGUAUCUCAAACACAUAAGAUAACGAUCCAAAAUUUUCGAUCAAGGAAUCGAUAAUAGUUUUUUGCAUGAAUUGAUUCCACGCUUGGAUGAUGUGAGGACGGCACACAUUUGAACUCGAGGAUGCUCUAUGAAGCUCAGAAAGAGCCGAAGAUAUUUCAUCCAAUUAUCUUCCGGAAGAAUAUUCCAGGAUCUCUACGUGUAGCUUCCCUAUUGGAUAAAUGCUAAAAUACCCCUGUAUAAGAAAUGAAUAAUUAUGAUGAUCAUUUCGUUUUUAUUAAAAACUAUAAAUACCUGACGGUUUUGUACCAAAUUUGUCACUAUUUGGAAUAGCAUUCCUUCCACUUGUAUUCUGUAUUCUCAUUUGCGACUUGGAGAGUUCUAGCGUUCGAGUGCUCAAGUUGCACACGGUAUAUCAAGAACCUAAGCUCUAGAUAUAACAGACAGUAAAUCUCUUAGCAUGUUGUGUUAUUGAUUGUUUCCGUUCGAAUCCCGGUAACGGUGAUUUGGAGAUGUUUCUUAUGCAAGAUGGAUCCAAGGGGAAUAAAUAAACCAGAUGAUUUAUGCACAACGACACUUAGACUAUAGUAGCAUUGGAAUAUGAUACAAAUUGAUGAAGAAAUUAGGACAACUUGUAUGUUUCCUAGUAAAUAUAGCGUUGUACGAGAGAAGGUAAUCAACCUAACCGAAAGUAGAUCACAUAGAAUAGCUACCCUGCGAAUUUCAUAGUGAUAUUGAAGUAUGGAAAUUUCGCUAAAAAAGUGAUUAGAAUCAAAUCUAUAACACAUGGUGAUGAUGAGAAAAGAAAGAUUAGAUAAGGGACUUAAGGAACAUUUUGGAAGUACGAAAGGGCUGUUUCAUUCUAGUUUGUAAUUUCAUUGAAAUAGACACUGAAAUUUUUCGUAACGUGCUCCAGUUAUUGUCAUUUUUCGAUUUCACAAGUCAUCGUUUUAAAUCAACAGAUAUUCUAAUAACCAAUAACUCACAUUACAGCUUCAUAACGGCAAAACAAUAUCAAAACUAAGCAAAAUACCAAAGUCCAUUUUCGUUAUUGC